AUGCCCGGAGAAGUUGUAACCGUCCAGUGCGGCCAAGCUGGCGAGCAACUUGGGUUCGCCUUUUGGGAACUGCUCCUGGCUGAGCAUGGAUUGACCUACGAAGGCUCUCCGGGCAAACACAAUGCCCCGGAAGGCUGUCAGAACAACGUCGAUUGCUUCUUUUACGAGGCUCACAGUGGCAGACGGGUACCCAGGAGCGCGAUGAUUGACCUCGAUAACUCGGCGGAGAGCUUGAUUGGAUGGAGCCCCAUACGACGCCUGUUCGACGAGGAUUUUUUCAUCUCCCACAAAGAAGAUGCCUCAAACAACUUCGCUCGGGGUUACAUUGCUGUCGGCCGGAGCGUGCUGUCGGCUGCCGUUGACGCUGUACGCCGGCAGGCGGAGAUGUGUGACAGUCUUCAGUGCUUCUUCUUAUGCCGGGCUCUCGGCGGUGGUACAGGCUCAGGUCUAGGUUCGCUUCUCCUGGAAAACAUCGCGGAACAUUUUGGAAAGAAAUACAUUUUGGACUCUUUUGUGUGGCCAUACGGUUCGCAAACGGCCAGCGUGGUGGAACCGUACAAUGCCGUGCUCGCGGCCCCGGCCGUGUGUGCCCACUCUUCGGCUGCGCUUCUUGUAAACAACACAGCGCUCUUCAACAUCUGCCGAAGUCUUCUGAACAUCGAGUCUGUUUUUCACAGCAACCUCAACCAUCUUGUCGCUCAAGUUCUCUCAGCCACCACUCUUUCGACCCGUUUUGAGGGUUCGCUGAACAGCACAAUCGAGCACACGCUCGUAAACACAAUACCAUAUCCUGAGCUGAAGUUCUUGACCGCAUCUCUGGCGCCUCUAGCAAAUCGGCUAAAGUAUCGAUACGAACGCGCGUCUACCAAAGACCUUACCAUGCAAUGCAUUCUACCCUCACGAUGCCUCUCGAGCAUCGACUAUACCCAAAACCGCUCCAUUGCCUGCCAUAUCAUGUACAGGGGUGACGUCACGCCACGAGACGUGCAAGAUGGAAUCGCUGCUGUAAAACAGCACCGAGCACUGACUUUCGUGGACUGGGUCCCGACAGGGUUAAAAUGCAGCCUGAACAACCGACUGAUGUGCGUCAGUCCGGAAUCUGAGCUCGCUCCUGCUUAUCAAUCGUGCUGUAUGCUCGCGAAUAAUACCGGCAUCACAUCGCUCCUUGAAAAAACUUUGGGAGACAUGCGCAAGAUGUUCAGCCAGCGAGCGUGUGUCCACUGGUUCGUCGGGGAGGGAUUGGAGGAAGGCCAGUUCUUGGAAGCAGAAGAAAGGCUUCAACGAACUAUCGACGACUACCAUGAGAGUCUGAUGGAUUUUGAGUACGUCUAUGAGUAUGAAGACGACAGUCACGAAGAUGAAAAGAAAACACCCCCAUCAGAGGCAACGACGGAACCCUCGUCACCUGUGCACGGAACCAAACAGGAGGAGAAAGAACCCGAGGGAAAUACCCAUGCGUAA